GUGUAUAGUAAGAGGUCUGGGACUUGAGCUGAGGCUCCUUGGAGGUGCACAGAGCCCCCCUGCCCCCCAGCCUGGAGCAGCAGCACUUGCACUCGGAGCUGAGUCGGUGACAUUUGCAGAUCGCUCGGUGAUUGGUCGCUGGUGGCAGCCCUCACCCAGGCACUAAGCACCUCCCCGCCUCAGUAAAGGACAUUAUAAUGCAGGGGACCCCCCUUUUUAAGCACAAACCGAAUUUUCUUUCAUUUAGCUUAUCUAUAUCUAUCUAUCUAUUUUUAUUUUGAAAUCGUUAAGCAGCCGGCAGGAUUUGGGGGGGACAGGCUUUCGCCCUGGAGCGGUGCGCGAUGCUGUCUCACGCCGACCUCCUGGACGCCCGACUCGGGAUGAAGGAUGCGGCAGAGCUGCUGGGGCACCGUGAGGCGGUGAAAUGCCGCCUUGGAGUGGGCGCCUCGGACUCUGUGCACCCGGGAGAUCUGUCUGGUAACGCUGACCAGGUAGAGGGCACCACCAUGCUUCCCGGGGAAGACAUCACCAGCGUUGGAUCCAACCAGUCCUCGAUGGCCGUCAGCUCCAAAGACCCGGACAAACAGCAGCAACAGCAGAACCCCAACCAGUCCGGGCAACAGCAGGGCCAGAACCAGGGACAGCAGAAGCAGAAGAGGCACCGAACCCGUUUCACACCGGCACAGCUCAACGAGCUGGAGAGGAGCUUCGCCAAGACCCAUUACCCAGAUAUCUUCAUGAGGGAAGAACUGGCACUGAGGAUCGGACUGACAGAGUCCAGAGUCCAGGUUUGGUUUCAGAACCGGCGUGCUAAGUGGAAGAAGCGCAAGAAGACCACCAAUGUGUUCCGUGCCCCGGGCACACUCUUGCCCACACCGGGAUUGCCCCAGUUCCCAUCAGCGGCGGCUGCAGCGGCAGCAGCAAUGGGCGACAGCCUGUGCUCCUUCCAUGCCAACGAUACCCGCUGGGCCACGGCCGGAAUGGGGGUCUCUCAGCUCCCGUUGCCCCCAUCUCUUGGAAGGCAACAAGCAAUGGCGCAAUCUCUCUCUCAGUGCAGCCUGGCAGCAGGUCCCCCACCCAGCUCUAUGGGGUUGUCCAAUAUGGGCUCCAAUGGCACAGGGCUGCAGUCACACCUAUACCAGUCCUUUCCUGGCAUGGUGCCCACAUCAUUGCAGGGUCCCAGCAACGUGACAGGUUCCCCGCAACUCUGCAGCUCCCCGGACAGCAGUGAUGUAUGGAGGGGAACCAGCAUUGCCUCCUUGCGCCGUAAAGCACUUGAGCACACAGUCUCCAUGAGCUUCACCUAAUGCCCCCAGUCUCCUCUCCUGCCCUUCUCUGUCCAUUCAUCCAUCCGACCAUCCUCCAGCAGUGGCUCAAUGGUGAGGACCAGAAAACUACUCACCCCCCCAAAACAUGUCUGCCCCAGAUAGCUGUAUAGGUUAGUGCAGAAAUCUCCAACCUAUGGCUGUCUAUCUGUUGUAGAACUACAACCACCAGCAUGCCCUGGCAGUGCUUGCUGGGAGUUGUAGCUGAUUGGUGGUAGCAACAGCUUUUGACCAGGGAUCGUCCAUAUUUGUACCCAGUGCAGCAGCUGACAAAAAAAAACAAAAAAAAAAAAAAGAACCCCCUCCCCAAAACAAGCUGUAGCCCUUACAUCCUAUUCAGUUGUAUUAUUUGAACGUUAGUGAUAUAAAUUGAUCAUUAUAUUAGAAUAUAUAUAUAUAUAUAGAGAAACCAAUGACCCUCUCUGACCUGGGGGCAGGCACUCUUAUAGACAAGAAGCUGAGAUACAGUGUUUCCCAACCAGGGUGCCUCCAGCUGUUGCAAAAUCACAACUCCCAGCAACCCCGGACAGCCUUCAGCUGUCCGGGCUUGCUGGGAGUUGUGGUUUUGCAACAGCUGGAGGCACCCUGGUUGGCAGAAUAUUUGCCUCCUUUGUGAACCAUUGACUUUCCUUGCUGCUUAUACUGGGGGUUAGUAUUGGCCAGGAUGGGAUCUGGGGGGUAGUUUUCUAUGUGAGACGGUUUUAACCCUUUAACUCCUCUCUUUCCAUGUCCUUUUCCAUACUCAUCCCCCCCCACCCCAAAACGAGCUUGCAAAAGAAAUCCAUUGUAAGCACAAUGAGUUCUUUCUACCUAUAGAUCAGUGUUUCCCAACCAGGGUGCCUCCAGCUGUUGCUAAACUUCGGCUGUCCGGGCAUGCUGGGAGUUGUAGUUUUGCAACAGCUGGAGGCCCCCCGGUUGGGAAACACUGCAGUAGGCCGAACAUUUGCCUCCUUUGUGAACCAUUGACUUACCUUGCUGCUUAUACUGGGGGGGGGGUUAGUAUUGGCCAGGAUGGGAUCUGGGGGGGGGUAGUUUUCUAUGUGAGACGGUUUAACCCUUUAACUCCUCUCUAUCCAUGUCUUUUUCCAUACUCAUCCCCCCCCCCCCCAAAACGAGCUUGCAAAAGAAAUCCAUUGUAAGCACAAUGAGUUCUUUCUACCUAUAGAUCAGUGUUUCCCAACCACGGUGCCUCCAGCUGUUGCAAAACUUCCGCUGUCCGGGCAUGCCGGGAGUGGUAGUUUUGCAACAGCUGGAGGCACCCCGGUUGGGAAACACUGAUCUUCUAGAUUGUCCACAUAUGGAUUUCUUUUGUGAGAAGGGUCAGUGACACCUACUUCUCUCAUAGAAGAAACCAAGCCCGUUUUUUGUAAAGAAAACAAACAAACAAAAAACAAAAAAAAACUUUUUAUUUCCUACAGAUAAAUGAUAUUCCGUCUUAUUUCCUUUUCUAGAGGCAAAAAGCACUUUUCUGACGAUUAGCUGGCAGAUUGCCUUUGUAGUCCUGUAAAGCACUGCUGGUGUCACUUGUGCCUGCACACUCAGCAGGUGAGUGAGUGGCAUCUUCUUGGCACAUGUAAUUUCUCAAGCCCUGGACUUUGUACAGAAAACUAAUCAGCUUUUCUGCAUGUGCUGGUCAAAUACACAGAGAGUGGAGGCUAUUUCUAAUGAAUGAACAAAGGAAAUGUGAGAUAGGAUGUUUUGUGUAGAUAAAGCAUUCUUGUUCUAUACUUGGUCACAUUGUGAUAUGUUUUAACUUAUUGUCUGUGCUAAUUUAUUGAUUUUUCACAUUGAUUUUUCUUCUUUUUUUAUUUUAAAUGUUCAAGCCAAUAUGAAAACCUAUGAUUUGACUUUUUUUUUCUUGACAAGUUUAUAUCAAUUUAAUGUAAAUGACAAAAUAAAAUCAUUUUCAGUAUGUGA